AUGGUCCGUCCAGCCACUAAAAUGUUCCGUUACGUGCGAAAACGCCCUAACAAAACCGGAAACAGGGGUCUCCAUAGAAACCCGGAGGACCAAACAUUUCUUCAGAGUCAGUUUUUCAGAAACAUGACAGGAGACAGCGACUACAGCAAGUACGACUUGACUCGCUUGCAGGAAGAACUUGAGCAGGAGAGAGAAAUGAAAGAAAUGCUGGAAGACUCCGUGUCUGAUUUACGGAAUACCAUGUUUGAACUACAAGAAAGACUGCACAGUGUUGAUGGGGAAGGAAAUGAGUGGAAGACAAGGUAUGAGACUCAAAUAGAGUUAAAUGGACAGUUGGAAAGACAAAUGUCACUGAUUCAUGAGAGACUGGAGGACCUACGAGGAAACCCCAUGGAUCGAUUGGCCUCCAUCCGCUCUUAUGAUGACAUGCCUGUGGAGACACUGAAGCAGCGACUGAAGAUCCUGACUGAAGAGAAGUCUGACCUCCAGAGUCAGCUGAUGGACUGUCAUCUGCAAAUUGAACAGGAGGGAAAGGCAUUUCACAAAACUAAUGAUGAGAGGCGGGCAUACCUUUCAGAAAUUGCUAAGCUGUCCUCCACCCUUGAUGUCCAAAGAAGACAGUACUCCCACCAGCCACAGAGGGCACCAGAGAGCAAACAGAAUAGAGUGAAGCAGGCCAGCAGGAUGGAAGAGGCUAAAUCUAAGAAAGGAAAAGAGAGAGGAGAAGAUGGAGGAGGCGUGCGUUUGACAGGAGGCGGUGUUAGUGGAGCAACAGUAGAGAGAAGAGAAGAGAAGAAAUUCCAAAAGGGAAGCAGGUUACCAACAGUCAAAUCCUAGCUGAUACAGAAACCAGAUCCAAAGUCUGGGGUUAUAGGAGUAUGAUAAAAUGUAAAAAGAAUCAAUGUUACUCAGUACUUGUUAUGUGGAUUGUUGAAAAAUUGCUAUAUACUUGUAUUUUUAGUUUCCUCAAAGCUUUUUUUCUAUGUGGGCAGAUCGCCCACAUAGAAAAAAAGUUGCUAUAGUCAUAAGUCAGUGUUUAUUUCACAAUUUCUGGCAAAUACAGUCUCACACUGAUUUCAUGAUAUACAAAUGUACAUUUAUUAUACCACCUGGCAUUUUCUCCCUGUCCUGUUUGAAAAGGACGAGUGGCUAAAAGAGGAAAUGUUUAAGGGGGAGGAAUAUGACAGGCUUUGAGUGAGCUAGGUCACCUCGUAAAGUGCCAGAACCCUGCUGAGUCUGACAUUUCUACUGUCACUGCAAUUUUCUUUUCCAAAGCACCUCCUACGACUUGUAUUUCGUAAGCAGCCCCCACGUACACCACUCGCAACCGGUCACCCCCAUCCCACCCACUGACCGCCUUUACAAACGUAGGUGUGUUAAAAGUGCAGCCAUAUGGGAUAAAGUAGUGAAAAGGAAAAUUACCAGAAGCUGUUUCAUUUGUGUAUGUGGAGAAGUGUGGAGGAUGAUUUGCUGAUCUUAUCACGCAAUAAUUGGAACAAUAUCUCGUCGUAUUAGAAUAGCCAAUCAUGUCCAGUCAGUUUUCAUUGUUCUAACUUCCACCCUUAGCUCUCUCUUCCUUUUCAACUCACUGGUCUGCAAGGACAGUGAAGUCAUAUUAAUGAGCUCAGGGAUUGUGACCUAAAAUUGGGUUAAGAGACAAAGAGGUUACAGGCAGAUAAUUAUUCAUGAAGGAAUAUACACAUUACCUGUUCUCCAGCUUCAUGUCCAAGAUUGGCAGGAAAUUGUAUUGUAGUGACAGGGAAUCUGGCCUUUAACGAAAAGGGCAGAGAUCAAGCCCUGGUGUCAGUAAGCAUCAAGCCAGCUGAACUGUCCUUUAGUAUGACACUGGAUGCUCAACCACUUCCACUUUGCCUUCGGACUAAAUCUUUGCAUGAAAUAAAAGAAAGUAAGAAUUUUGGACAUCUGGAUUCAUAAUAAUUGGCUGCUAGCCAUUAUAUUCCACCAAACAGAUGGAAACAGUCUUUCUUAGGCCAAAGAAGUAAGAUUGUACUUGGAAAAAUGGAUAUAAGGACAUUUUAUCAUCACUUCUCAACGCUCUGUUAUGAGAUUUAUAACAUUUAUAUUUUACGAUCUUACAGGUAUACUUAUUAAACUUUCCAUUCAUUCAAUAAAACACCUAAGAAAAUCAUGUCAUCAUCAGUCAGAACUCCCUAAUUUCCAGCUAACAAAGACGUGGUCUUGUUUUGAAGUACUGACCUGCUAUCUAAAACCAAACACCUAUGUGAAUUCAGUUUUAGAGUGCACUUUCCCUUUACAGCUCCACCCAUUUUUAUAUGGUUUUCUGACACAGUGUAAACCCUUGCAUGUGCUGCUUCAGCGACAGGUUAUUUGUCUUUGAUUAAUGACUUAAUUUAAAGAUGGCCAGUCCAUGUUGCCUCAUGAGAAAGUUAGUACAUUUACAGCACACCACACUAUCCUUCUUUCUUCUACCUCUCCUGUCUUUAUUCUGUUUUUUUGUGCACAAGCUCGUAUUUGUAAAUCUCACAGCAUCCUACCCGCACAGCCACAGAGCAACCAACCAGAUGUCUAGUGUUGACAGGUGCAACACGGUGACAAAUCACUACAGCAUCUGUCAAACACCAUGAAUCACACUAUUGCUGCCUGCUCAUGCUUACUCAGUUAUUUCUUCUCUCUGUACUCACUAUAUGAAUAUGUUGAAAACCACAUGUGUACGUUUAACUGCUUAUUUUUGUGUGUAAGAGACCCGUAGCAUGUGCAUGUGAAUGACCUGUCAGUCAACCUCAAUGAUUUCUUGGCUCCAGAUUUUGAUACUGUAUGGUAUCAAAGACAUGAUGGAAAGAAUUUCAUUGUAUGCAUCUUUCAACACUCAGUGGGUCUUUAAAUUAUUUUCUUGGCAGUGAAUAAAGACAUUAAUAAUUUGUGAGAUUUGUCACAAUAUGAAGAUCAUUCCCAUCUAUCCACAUCUUAAUUAUCUUCUGUUUUUUAAUUUUGUUAUAGACUUCACAGUAAUGCAUUAGCAGAGAUGUGCUACAUUGCUCUUUUACAUGUGUUUUUGUGAAGCAUCGUUUCAGUACAUUGUUGCAAAGACAUGCUGAGGGAAAGUCUUGGUAUAAAAAAGUAAUCUCUCUUAUUUCUUUAUGAAGGAUAAUUGGUCAUAAAACGGUAGAUCCACAUUUAAUGUGCUCUGUUUAGUUCUACAAA